AUGGACAGUAGUAACCAAACUGAAAAAGCAGUUCCACUACUUAAAAGGCCCUCACGCUCCUUUGAUGGUUGACCAGCCGUCCCAAUGGGAUUUUUGCUGAGCAAAGCUGCCACUCAGACAUCUUCUGUGCUUGUGGAUUCGGAAGUGAACGAUCACUUAGUGCAGGGAGCUGAGAAGAGUGGAUUGGAACCAGUGACUCGGUUAUUUCAGAACACCAACAAAAUCAAGUUAGAAGACGCAAGCCAAGAAAACUGCAUGAGAGGGGAAGGGACUGACACCGGGUGGAAUUCCAUGGGCUACGUGAAGGAAAACGAUGGCCUGGUGGUGACAGAUUUAGAAUGAAGUCACCUGGACAUCUUACCAAAGAAAUUUGCUUUUGAUUAGAGGAUGAGUUCAAUGUAGCUGAAGUCCAUUAGGAAGCCUAACAAAAUGGAGGAAGAGAGAAAGGCCCUAGCAAAUCCAAGGUAGAUUUCUGCAGAGUAUACCAUCCCUGUCAAACACCACAGCUACUUUUACUAUCAGUGUUUGUACUAACACACUUUACUGUAAUAAUAAUAAACAUUUUUAGCAAGUAGUAUAUAAGGGGAUCUAAGCAAGGCACGACUAUUUCACCUUUUCUGGCAAAGUACUUUCAAAUGCUGCACUUCCAGUGCAGGAGUUUGCUUUGGUCCUUUACCCUUCUGCUUGUUCAGGAAGUCUUUCUGUGCUGUGAUAGAGCCCUGUGAUUGGCUCCUUAGAAAAGAACAGUGAGCCCCUCUCUUCAGAAGCAGUUCACACUCUCACAUCUUUUUCGGCCAUGCUACUUUCAUUUCAGAGUGAGGGCAGCAGAGUUCUUUCCAAGUUGAAUGUCUGUCUUGUAGUAACUACCAUUUUAUAACGAUAUCUCAUAUAAUAAAAGCAAAAACUUAUUUUGUAUCUGCUGUUAAUAUAUUUGUAGUGUGAAACAAAAGUACUGUCACAAACAGUGGCAGAUGGAAUGAAAACCCUUUUGUAUCUAGAUAUAUGGUGAAUUGUAAUGGUUUAUGCAAUACAUGGGUUUUUGUUGUUUGCUUGGUUGGUUUAUUAUUGUUUGAUUCUGGUUUGAUGCUGGGGAUUUAAUCCAAGGUGUUGAACAUGCUAACAUGCUACUGAGUUCCACCCCAUGUUCCUGUAGGUUAAUAUUUAAUGACUGUAUCUAUUGUCUAAUUACAUUAUCUUCUUAUAUUAGUUAAAAGAUAGAGAAAAGGCAUGUUGGUUUGGGAGGGGAACAAUAUUUUAUGAGGCAGGCCAAUUUUAAAGAAAUGAAUCUUGAACCUAAUGUUAAAAACAUAG